AACAUAUCAUUUCUGUCAUUCGUGAGCUGAUAUAACUUUCCGCGCCAUGUAGGCAAGAAUAAAACACUAUAUUUAAUACUCAUGAUCUCGUUCAAAAUAACUAUAGUGAAAUAAAUGUUUGCAGUCCAUCCUUUUCUCAUUUUCCUUAAAGGUGAAUGGUGAAAAAAUUCCAGCUGAGGUUUAUUGGAUGAUCAAAGUUCAACAUCGUCACGUGAUUAAGAUUUACGAUUUCUUUUCAAUGGGCAACUAUUUCGCUUAUGUCAUGGAAAGGCCAGGAAACUGUCAGGAUUUGGGCAGUAUUUUAUUCGAUAGAACAAUGACAGAGAAAGAAGCGCGGAGGUAUUUCGCACAGAUCAUUGAAGCCAACAUCAAAUGCGAAGAAAAUAGAUUUAUUCAACGCGAUCUUAAACCAGAAAAUGUCCUGGUUGAUUUGGAUGCUGAUGAAGUCAAACUAAUUGACUUUGGUCUGGCGUCAGAGAUACAAUAUGAGCCUUAUAAUGUGUUUAGAGGUAGGCAACGUGUUAGAAGCUAAAAAGACGAAGUUACUCACUAUAUAUUUACUUUUUUUGUUAGUUAGUUAUUUAGUUAGUUUUGAUUAGAUAUUUAGUGUAUUUACAGCAAGUAAGUUAGUUAGUUUGAUUGUUCGUCUGCUUCUGUUUUAGUCCCGCCUUUUUUUAGUAUAUGACAGCAAAUAACAUACUCUAUUAUAUAUACACCAAUGAAAUACCAGGUGAGCUUUCGCGCGAAAACUUGAUAUCUUCACAUGUGAAAAUAUCACCGUUGCUAUGGCUACAUGAUAAAUCGCCCCUUUCACACCAAAAAACUAUUAAAGUGAAAUGGUUUGGUAUUUCAUUGGUGUUCAUAUAAUAAAUAGAACAUUACAUGGCCGCUUGGAGAUAGAAAAUUUCUCUUCUCGUGUUGAAAAAAUAUUUUCACCACUCGAAGAGAAAUGUCGUAUCUCCGCGCGACCAUGCAAUGUCCUCUAUUUUAGUACCCGGCUAUGGAAAAAAACGCUUUGGUCAAACCAAUUUUUGACUUAAAUGGCUAUUGUUUUAAUUGUUUCAGGUACCAGGGUUUAUAUGGCGCCGGAAUAUUUUAGAUUUGGAUGGUAUGAUGGCUGCCAGGCUACUGUCUGGGCUUUGGGGAUGAUCUUAGUGGGCAUGCUUUCUCCAUAUAUGGCGUUCAGUAAGCCCGAACAGGCCUAUGGGAGGCCACCCAGAAUCCCACGUCAUCUAUCACCAGGUAAUGUAGUUACUUUGGGCGCUUUCCAUUUAGUCAAAAUUUCCGGAAUUUCCGGUUCGGCGGUAAAUGGAACACGUUUCGUCGGUUCGUCCCACUGGAAAAUUCCCAGAAAAAGUGGAAAAUCUAAAAAGGUGGUCCCGUUUUCCCGGUUGGAAUUUCCGAACGGAAUGUCGUGUUUCAUUUACGUUUCUCGUAGUUUGUACCAGUUCCAGGUCCACGGUCGGGCACCGCCACGUACCGGGGUUUUAUUACGACCAAAUGGAACAACUUUUUACCAAUCGGAAAUUCCACUUUUGCUAGCACCGAAAUUUCCGGGUUUUUUUCCUAAAUGGAAAGCGCCCUUUAUCUACUGCGCUUUUCAGAAACAUGCGAAAUCUAAAGUUCAAAAGCCGCCUUCACAAUUGCGUUUUUCGCUGCCGUCAAUCAUAAUUACGAUCACAAGCAACGAACUUGAAACACAGAAACACACAUAACGGAUCGAAAUCCACCAAUCACAAAUCACAAAGCAUGACCUUUUGAACCCGUUAAAGUAAAGUUUCGUUUCCUAAGAGGUCCGUCAAGAUGAUUGACGGCAGCGAAAAACGCAAUCGUCAGUUGGCUUUUGAACUUCAGAAUUCGCAUGUGUGUGAAAAGCGCAGUAACAAGCGUGAGGAAAAAAAUCAAAGCGUUAAAUUUUUUAUCAGAGCUCCUUAUAGGAUAUUAAAAAACCUAGCCUAAGACGUUCUGUUGCAUUUGAGGCUUUUGAAAGUUUUAUAGUUACAUAUCAAUAUCUAUUCUUUUUUUUUCUUUUUUUUUUGACAGAGGCCAAGAAUUUGAUCAGUUCAUUGCUGAAUGUUGUACCAAUGAAUCGACAAAUACUAAACCAUCCUUGGUUUGCUAUGCAAGGUAGGUAAACAAUAGCUGCUUCACUGUUUUUGACUCGCACGAUCAGAAGAGCUUAUUCCGGCCUUUUUGCCCAAGGCGAUCCCUGUACAAUUUCAUAACCUCUUUAGAAUCGUGAAACCCGCACAAGGCCUUGCUCACAAGCGUUUCUGCGAAAAAUUGCUCCAAGCUGAUAGGCUCUUGUUAAAUUGUCGUUUCAUAUUUUGUAUUAUUGAUUUCUUGUAAAGAUUUUAACCUCCUAAAAAUUCCCUUGUAUUUUUUCCAGGUUCAAGAGAAACCUUCUCUUCAAACGUCCUUACGUAAGUUUGUAUAAUGCUAAAAAACAUAUAUCGCGUACGCGGCGUAUUUGGUAAUUGCAUGAUCUGUAAAUACCAUUUAGAGCCUGUAGUAAACAGGAGAGUUAUCACAAAUAAAUCUCUAGAAGCUAAGGCAGCGCAAGGAGACUGGGAUGACAGGCAAUACUACAUAUUCCACCCCAAUGAAUCAGCUGAGUCGAGUUUGCAAGAUUUUUUUGCUUCUAAUUAAUGUUAUUAUUAAAAAGCCGGCUAUCUUCAGCAUCAAUACAUAUUGCUUGUCACUAAAUACGAUUUGUUUUCUGAUCUUUAGCAAGAGAAAAUCUUGUGAUAAAGAAAAUGAACUUUCCUCGGUGACUUUGUGCGGCCUGCCGAGUUUGUCUUUGACAAAAGAAGAAGAAACCGACCGAGCGGAAUUGAUCACCAAACAUUACACACACAGUAAGUGCCUUUCAUUUCCUUAUUUCGUCCUUAAUCUCUCGGUGACGAUAUUCUAGACGAAACAUGAAAUAUGGCUGCUCCACUAAAUCAACUGAUUCUCUAAGGCUCUUUGAAAGCCUUCUGGUUCAACUCCUUUGACUUCCAAAGCAACACAAAACUUCCUUUUGUUACUUCAUUCUAUUAAUGCUGCGCAUUGUCAUUUGUCAGCAACUCUGUCACUGAAAAUUCCAAUUUAAUAAUCAAUGAAGCAAUUAUCAAUUUUAUCGAUAAAAAUUUACAGUCGUUGAAGUCCAGUAGACCUACACCUUAGUCGAUUAUGAAGGUUUGCCAGAGUUCAUGACAAUGAGGUAGAUGGUAUAUCACCCAACUUCAAAUUGUCAGAGAACUUAUGAGAGCAGUUUCCUAUCAUAUAAGUUCAUCUAUGGCCGUUUCCAAACAAGCACUCAAACAUAAAAGCCAACACAGCCUUCUGUUUUCUUACCCUGACUAACCUUCUUUGCUAUUCAGGUUCAUCUGUGUCAGCUUCCAGUUUGGAAUGUAGUAGCACAUCCUUCAAUGCCAACUCUUCCAGGUAUGCAAAGCGAGAUAAUGGCUUCUUCUUAAUUAAAUCAAGCACCAAUUUAAAAAAAAACAGUUUUGGAAAAUAAGAAAAUGUAUUCUUGCUAAUAAAACCAUCGGUUCCAAACCCUUGUAAGUGUUUUGCUGACACCCACCCAUAUUAGCCGAACGCUGAGUGAUUGGUCUAGGAAAGUCUGCUUCAUAGAUUAGACUUCCGUCCAGCAAAUGCGGACACCAAUAUUAAUUUCAACAAUCAAUGAAUAGAUACAUUUAAAAUAAUCUAUAAAAAAAGAUAGAGUGGAUAAAGAAUGAAAGAAAAGGUACUUUUUACGAGAAAGGUAUUUCUUCCUUGUUUUCAGAGAUUCUAAGGGAAGCCACUCUUUUGAAUCGUCAAGUUCAUCGGCGCGCACAUCUUCUGAAGUAGAGCCCUCUGAAUCAUUUGCGGAGAUUCGAAACACAAGCAAGUUAACUGCAGUGAAUGAGGAUAUUCAAGAAACCGACUGUGACAUUUUUCAGCCCUUGGUUGUUUUGUGUGUGAUGCGGUAUUGUGGUUACCAGGCCACUGUCUGGGCUUUGGUUUUGAUUGUAUUGGACAUGCAUUCUCCACAUAUGGCGUUAAGUGAGUCCGAGCAGGUCCAUGAACGGCCCCUCCGAAUCCCGAGACUUCUUUCACCAGGUAAUACUAAUAGAAAUCAACCGAUAUCUCAAUACUCUGUCCCUGAAGACAUUUUUUCCACCACCGAAGAGGAAAUUCGCCCUCUAUCAUGGCGCAGUAUGGAAUACUUUCGAAAGGAACAUAAUGUCUAAAACUAGCCAAGCCUAAAAGCGGAGCCGCCGCAUUGUAAUCAAUCUUCGCUCCAAAUCUAAGCUGAGGUCUAACUGCUGGACAUCAUCACGUGAUCAAGAUGUUUUGCCCUUACGUCAGGAUUCGGAUUUAUAUACAACUGCAGCUGAUAAAAAUGCAAUUCACGAUCAAGCUGUCGCAAUGUGUACUUUAAUUUUCGUGAGCUGCAGUCUGUUAACAGAUUUAAACUGAUCUUGUUAAUAAUGGUUAUACUUUGAAAAUAUGAAUGAAAACAGGGAAUCUUUCUGUGGCCUCUCGGAAAGAGCGUGAGAACCACACAAAACGGCCUUGGUCCCGGUGUUCUUGGCAAAUUGUUUCAAACGUUUUAAGGCUAUGAGGCUAGUUACGAUGUUGUCAAGCAUGCUCUUAUUUGGUAGCCUGAAAUUCAUCCGAUUUCUUGGAGUCGUUUUCUCCUCUCAACAACUGAGGGAGUAAUAACGACUCGAAGUAAUCGGAUGAAAUUCAGGCUACUUAUUUGGAUUGUUUGUAGGAAUUAUCAAUAUAUAACAAGCCCCAUUAUAUUAAUUUUUGUAGGUUCCACAGAGGGCCCUUCUUCAAAUUCCUUUGGGAACAUGUAAGUUGUAUGCUAAACAUUCGUCAUGUACUUACUUGGUGAUUGGAUCCGAAAAUAGUUUUAGAACCUCUUUCAAAUAGCAAAUCAAACGAAGUCCUAGCUACUCAAGUACCUAUCAUAAUUAUAAAGGGGGAAAGUCGUUCGCCAUACCCUUUUUUGAGCCCACUAAAUCCUUUGAGGCGAUUGUUUUAGAUUUCUUGUUAACUAAGAUGCGGGAAGGCGUCCUAUUUUAUAAAAUGCCGUCUUUCUCCAUUUCUUUCCUUAACGUGCGGGAUACAUACUGCUUUCCAGCACUGAAAUACGAUUUGUUUCCUGAUCUUUAGCAAGGACAAAUCCUAUGAUGAAGAACGUGAGCUCCCCUCGGCGACGUCGAAUUGCUUGAGUUCACUGGUUGUUACGAAAGAGGAAGUAAAACAUCGAGAAGAAUUGAUUGCUACUAAACAUUGCUCGUACAGUAAGUGUCUUUUAUCGUCGCUCUGAAUACCAAUGCAACGGUGUAAGAUAAAAGGAUGCAUGCAUCAACAUCUUCUAAGCAUUUUAGAAACCCUCUUUGUCUUCUUGCGUUCAGCUUUAACGUUCUUUAUUCAAAAGAAAACGCAAACCAUAAAUAGCAAAUAAAUAUUCUCACUGCAUACACAAUUGGCCCGUUACGCAGGAAAUAAGAAACUCCUUUUAUUUGCGUUGUGUUGGGCCUGCGCGCUUUGCGCAUGAUGCAUUGCGGCCCUUACUUAGAAUUGAUCUGUUUUAGCCCUCCUCUUGCCAGGCCAGUUCAACGGAUUUCAGUGGAAGUGACUUCAACGUUUUGCCCCUCCCAGCUCCCCUGGUGGCGGUUGACGUCGCAUACCCACAUUAUUCAAUAUUCACGCGGUUUCCUCCCAUAACUUACUUUCCCCGUGACGUGACAAUGGUUAUGGGGUGCAAAUAUUAUACUUAGUAUUUCGUACUGAACUUUAGUUUGUCAAUAAUGGCUUACACUUUACACUUAUGCACAACUCCUUGUGCAUACAAAGAAUAAAAUUGUUGCUGUUGUUAUUUCAAUGAAAAAAAGGAAUUUACUUUUUUUAAAAACUUUUGUGUGAACUCCUUUAAGAGAUCUUGAAAAAAAAAGCUGUGUUAAUUAAGAAUCCUAUUUUGAUUGAAUGGGUCUUUUUUAUUUAGGUGUGGAUACCAGAGUUCAUUCAUCUGAAGCGGAAAAGUUAAGAUUUGGAUGGUAUGAUGGCUGCCAGGCCAUGGUCUGGGCUUUGGAGAUGAUCUUACUGGAGUCGCGCUCUCUAUACUUAUUGUCCAGAAGGACAUAUACGGUGUUCAGUAAGCCAGAGAAGGCCUUUAAACGGCCACGCAGAAUCCCAGAACAUCUUACUCCAGGUAAUAUUAUAAAUGAUAUUUUUAAUUUUAUUUACCAAAAGCAAGGUCUAAAGCCCGUUAUGGGCGAUGUCAUCUCAAACACUGUCCGGUUUCAAAAGCAACUUUAGUCCUAAAAUUAAAAAUUUUUGUUAUUCAGGGUCAUCAACGUGUUGCAGUUUGGAUAUGAAUUUGUCACCCUCCGGUGUAACCCUUACCAGGUAAGCAAAGAAGCCAACAGUAAGAUAACAGUUACAUGCAUGCAUGCAAGGAGUACGCACUGUAUAUUCCACCACAUGGGAAGAGAAAAACAGGAAGGCAACGAACCCUGUUUCUCAGAUACAUUCAACACCUUUUGGGAGACACAGACAACAUGAUUGGCCCGGGCAAGCUGUCUGAAUUGGCACCGGAUCGUUGUGGCUGGAGGAAGCUCGUAGUCGCCUGCUCUGCAGCCGACCGAUGAUGAUGAUGAUGAGCAUGCAUGUUUGAUGCACACCAUGAGGAGUCUCUUUGAACCUGAUCCUUCCUUUGCCUCGGUUUUAGACGACAAAAUUUUCCAAGGAUCUUAGAAUAGAUAAGAACCCCUCUCAGUAGGGGUAUUAUAACGAAUGGCAUAUCACAAGAGGCCUCUGGGCUUUCUUAAUAUCGAGCAGUAGGGCUGCCAAACCGAGCCCGUACUUUGUAAACAAGUUAAAGAUUCUUAACUGUUAUUUUUCCACGACUAAAAAGCCAUUAAGUACCUUUACCGAGACAUACGUUUUUGUUCUUUUCAACAGAAACAAAGCAAAGGCGACAGAAAAGCUAUCAGCUCCAAUCAGAAAGAAUGGCUUGGAGUAUGAGGAAAGGUUUCAUGUUGAACGCAAAAGGAGAUUUCUUGCUGUUAUUUUUGUCAUUCUGUUGUCACGUAUUACAUUAAAGAAUUUACCGACGUUUACUUGUCUGCUUGAUUACUGUCGCAUGCACAAACACAAAACACACCAAAUCUCUCAUAAGCCUGCAUUAGCAGAGCGCGCACAACAGAAACUAUGGGGUGUCACUGGCUGCCCAUGA